AUGGCUUACUCCCUAAAUACCUCCUAUAUUGGAGAGGAACUCUUGUCUGGGUUCAACUGGCAUAAUGGGAUGGAUCUAUCCAAUGGAUUUGUUCAGUACCAAAGCCAGGAAGAUGCCCUCGACCUUGGUCUCUAUUCGGUUGAACCUUUCUCGCAAGUCGUCCGCCUAGGGGUUGACAAUACCGAGAAGUACGGACUCAAUGAGGGAAGACCGAGUAUUCGACUCGAGAGUAAACAGGCCUUUCAUCAUGGCCUCUUCAUCGCCGACUUUCUACACAUGCCGCCGUCAGAAUGUGGUACUUGGCCAGCUUACUGGGCUUAUGGCCCCAACUGGCCUUCGGGCGGCGAGAUCGACAUCAUUGAAGGCGCCAACCUUGCUUACACCAACACAAUGUCUGGCCAUACUGCCGAGGGCUGUCAACUAGACCCUGCAGAUGAGGACCUCUUUUCAGGCGAACGACGAAACUUGGACUGCUUUGUAGGUACGGACAACAUUGGAUGCGGUUUCAAUCCACCUUCAAGUGAUACUUCGUCCUAUGGGGAUGGCUUCAAUGCCGCCAAUGGAGGAGUCUACGCCAUGGAGUGGGACUCCGAGUACAUCAAAAUCUGGCAUUUCCCACGCGGCGCCAUCCCUGCCGAUAUUGAAGACAAGAGACCUGAUCCUAAGAAAUGGGGGCUUCCACAGGCUCUCUUUGGAGGGAGGAAGUGCAAUGUCGACGAUUUUUACCAUGAUAUGAACAUUGUUCUCAAUAUUAACUUCUGUGGCGACUAUGGCGAGGGAACUUGGCAGAGCUUUGAGACGUGUAGAGCCCUGGCACCUACCUGUAGAGAAUAUGUCGCCAAUAACCCCGAGGCCUUUGAGAAUACGUACUGGGAUGUCGCCUACAUCGAUGUAUACUCACGCGAUGAGACCAUCCCACCGGUUCUCCCCUCUAGCAAAGAGUCGUCAGAUAACAUCUCGCCAACUGCACCUGUCGCCGCCCCCAGCAAUCCCAACGAACCUAACGAACCUAACGAACCCAACCCCAGCGAACCCAACGGACCUAACCCCAGCGGUCUCGACACGCCUGGCUCGGCCAAUCCCUCUAGCUCAACUCGUCGAACCAUGUUCUCGAACCAGACAACAUCAGGGGAAUCGACCUCUACCAUGACUAAGACUAUGACGACUCACUCAACUAUCAUGGUCACUAUCCCCAGGCAGGGCACCAGUAGCCCGACUGUCAGCCCUCUUCCUGUGGUAGGUGGUGGUAGCUCAGUCAACCCUGAUCGUAUCGGCAACUAUUCAUACAUUGGCUGCUUUGGCUCAAGAACUGGUUUCUUAACUUUUGACGAAACGUCCCAGAGUGCUGAUAUGACCAUUGAGAGCUGUAUCCAGGCCUGUGGUGGUUCAACAUAUAUCGGCGUCUACGAAGAAACUUGCUACUGCGCCGAUAGACUCGACGCCAAUACUCGUGCUGUCGCCGAUGAGAGCGACUGUGAUGUGCCAUGUCCUGGCAAUGACAAGCAGCUCUGUGGUGGCCUUGCUGCUAGAAGCACCAGUAACUCCCGUCGUUGGAUGCCUGCCCGUCGAGAUGCUCCCAGCAGUGUUCUCCUCACCGUCUACGCCUCUCUCGCCGACACGGAGACGCCCGAGCCACCGCCCGGCAUGGGAGCAUCUCGCCCAUCUACGUCCAGUGGUCGAGUUGAUCUGAACGAUUCGGAUAACCUGGCUGGGGAGACUGGUUCUGAUGGUCAGACUGCCGCGGCAGUCACCGAUGACGUGACGGAGGUCGUAGUGGUUACGAAUACCCUCGCUGACUCUACCGUCACUCGUGUCAUCACUCAACUCGGCCCCUCUGAAGUGACGACUGUUACUCGAGCUAUCGGGAACCUGGCUCAACCCAACGUCAACACCCGAGUUCAAGUCAUUGUCGAGCCUGACGCUUCUGGAGCGACCACCCUGAACCGUCCCGGUGUCAGGACCACAGUCACUUACUUUACAGUCUUCCCCUCGGAUCCAGCCGCGCUUGUCCCGCAAGAGAGCGUCAUAACCUUAUUGUACGAAGACUGCGAUUGCGAGACACCCAGGUUGAUGGCGCCGCCAAUGGAGACAAAGGUGGUCGAGUGCGAUGGUUGUGGUGCUAAUGGCGAGAGUGCUGUCACCUUGACUGUUCCCAUCACAGUCUCUGUUACUGUGCCGGCGAGGGGAGGCAGUACCGGCCAGGCCCAGCCAAAUGGUGGCGAGUCUCAACAAGAUCGGCUUGGAAAUGGAGAAGACAGCCAGGGUCAAUCUGAUCAGAGCCAAUCUAGCCAGGGACAGUCUAGCCAGGGGCAGUCUGGUCAAGGACAACCUGAUGGACAGCCUGAUGGACAACAGCCUAAUCAAGGACAAUCUGGCCAGGAGCAGUCUGAUCCGCCACAGCCUGGCCAAGGACAGACUGAUGAAGAGGAACCUGCCCAAGUACAGUCCGCCCAAGGGCAGUCUAGCCAGGAACAACCUGACCGAGAUCAAUCUGACCAGGAACAAUCCAAUCAAGGACAACCUGAUGGGCAGUCGGAUCAGGACCAAUCUGGCCAACAGCAGCCUGAUCAAGGACAGUCUGGUCAAGAUCAGUCUAAUCAGGGACAGCCGGGUCAAGAGCAAGUUGUUCACAACCAACCCCAGCCGACCCAGCCUAACCAGGUUCAAGCACCUGAGAUCACCACCGUCCUGACCUCAUACCAGACCAUCCAGGUGGUAACCGAGGAGACAUUGGACAACAAUCUUGUGGUGACGAGGACGAAAAAGCAGACGAUCGUUGUUGUUGUUCGGCCCUCAGACAGUGCCAAUUCACAGAUCGACUCUCCUGGAAACACCAAUGUCAUCCCAGAUGUUGUUCCCGCGCAGCCUACAGCACCCGAUCAACCUAUUAUUCCCACAGAACCUGCCAACGCGGCUGCUGCAACACCUGGUGCUGCAGGAACGCCAGGGGUACCAGAUCAACCCGUGGUUGUUGGUGAGGCGUGGAGCGCGACCAAGGGCCUCAAGAUGAGCAUCGUGCUGUCUGUGGUUGUGGCCCUGUCAUUCGCGAUGUUACUGUGA